AUGAUCACUGGUACGGGGCUUUACAAUAUAUUUGCGGCCGUUGUGCCCUUAUAUUUUGCUGUGCUAUUAGGUUUUGCCUCGGUUAAGUGGUGGAAAAUAUUCACACCGGAGCAAUGCACAGGCAUCAACCGCGUUGUGGCGUUGUUUGCGGUUCCAUUACUUUGUUUCCACAUUGUUGCCACCAACAACCCUUAUAUCAUGAACUUUCGGUUCAUCGCUGGAGACUCUCUUCAAAAAGUGGUCAUUCUUGCAGCUCUCUUUCUAUGGCAAGCUUUGAGCAAAAAGGGCAGCAUUGAAUGGACCACCACCAUGUACUCACUCUCCACCCUCCCUAACAAUCUCUUCAUAGGAAUACCUCUCAUGACAGCCAUGUACGGAGAGAUCACUAGAAGUCUUAUGGUCCAGGUUGUGGUUCUUCAGGCUCUUGUUUGGUGUAAUAUCUUGCUCUGCUUGUUUGAGAUCAGAGCUGCAAAGGUCCUCAUUGCUGAGCAGUUUCCUGAGACUGCAGGUUCCAUCGCCUCCUUCAAGGUUGAGUCCGACCUUAUUUCGCUCAGUGGUCAAGACCCAAUAGAGGCGGAGACUGAGAUCAGUGACGACGGAAAGCUUCACGUGGUUUUGAGACGAUCUUCGAUUAAUAGGUCCGUUGGAAUGUAUUCCCGUUCCAGCGUGGGUUCCCUUACCCAAAAACCGCAAGCAUCAAACCCAGUCAAUAGUGUAGAGAUUUACUCAGUACAAUCUACUCCACAAGAACCCUACCGUUCAAUCUCAAGAAAUUCAAGCUUUAGCCAAACAGAUGGGAAUUUUCUGCACCCUAUGUUUGGAUACAUGGAGUCAAGUCCAAAACAUGGUUACACAAGGACCCGUGAUCGAUUUUCACCUUACGCAUCACCAGAUCAUCUGAUGCUUUUAGGGUCUACGCCUAGCAGUAAUUAUCGAAAGAUGAAACAUAGUUUCAGUGUUGGUCGUGGUGGUGAAGUUCCUAAUAACAAGCAGGGGCUUCACAUGUUUGUUUGGAGCACUAGUUCUUCACCAGUUUCUGAUGUGCAUAACAAUGGCAGACAUGCUUUCAGCACUACUAGUACUGCUCUUAAACAUGAUUCCACUACGCCAGGAGGGAAAAUCACCAGGGAUAGGGAGCUUGAUCUAGAGGAAGAGGCUAACUUCAAGGCAAGUAGGUUUCACAGGAAACAACUUCAGAUGCCGCCCACAAGUGUCAUAACUAGGCUUGUAUUCAUCAUGGUUUGGAGGAAGCUUAUAAGAAACCCUAGUACCUACGCAAGUGUUUUGGGUCUUAUAUGGUCCUUAAUAGCAUUCAGGUGUCACAUUAAAUUGCCAACAAUCAUAGAUGGAUCCAUAACAAUGAUAUCGAGCGCAGGCAUGGGAAUGGCUCAAUUCAGUUUAGGUCUAUUCAUGGCUUUACAGCCAAAGUUCAUUGCUAGUGGAAAACCCAUGGCAGCGUUUACAAUGGUUGUUAGGUUCUUGAUCGGCCCUGGAGUAACUGCGGCAACCUCUUUAGCUGUUGGUCUUCGUGGAGUUCUUUUGCAAAGUGUAAUUGUUCAGGCUGCUCUUCCCUUGGCAACUCUUCCCUUUGUGUAUGCUAAGGAGUACGAUGUUCAUCCAGACAUAAUUAGCACUACGGUUAUUUUUGGAUUGAUCCUUGCCGUACCCGUUACAAUUAUUUACUAUGUACUUCUUGGGCUUUGA